AUGUACACACAGACACAUGUACGUACAUACACAAACACACACACACAGACACAUGUACACACACAUACAUGUACAUACAUACAUGCAGACACAUGUACAGAUACACACAUGUACACACACACACCACCACCACCCCCAUAUAAAAAGUUGCAGUACUUCAUUGUUCACUGACAGAUCUGGGUACUGCACUCUAGGGGGAGGCAGAGAGCACAGCACACACUCCUUACUUUGCUUUCACUGCGCUCAGCUAUUGAGCAGUCUGACGGCUCCCAGUGCCAAGGACAGAUCUGGCCUGAGCUCCAAGCCUGCUCAGCAAGACAGCCCUGGGGGACACACUCGCCCUUACCAUCAUUUCCACUAGCCAUUGGCGAGCAGGCUAGUGGAAAUUUCAAGCCCUGUGCUA